GCCGCUUGGUCAUUUGGCCUCGAACCCGAUUCCCGCGCCCAAUCCCCCCCCCCCCCCCCCCCCCCCCCCCAAUUUCGCCAAACCCUAGCGAGGCGCGAGGGGUCUAGAACCUUCUGGAAGCGAGAGCAGGAGCCCGCUGGCUCCCAUGGCGGCCGCCGGGGACCUGGCGCUGCUCGACCUGAUCCCCCAGAUCCACGCCCUCUUCGCCGAUCCGCUCCGAGUGAUUUCAUACAAAUGGCUCAGCAGGAACUUCUCUGUAUCGUCCAAUGAUGCCAAGAGGUUGCUUCAGGAGUUUGUAAAAGAACAUGGGGCUGAUAUUAAAGUGAUUUACAGUGUGUCUGGAUGGUUAAAGAACAACCCCACAAAUUAUUGUGUAAAACUCAUUUCAGGACAUAAACUUGAAGAAGCAAGGCAAGAAUUUAAAGAUUCUUGUUCGGUUCAAGUGUACAGUAUCCAAGCUUGUAUUCCAAAAGAUAGUGCUGUACUUUGGAAUCCUGAAUUUGUACAGGCAGAGGAGCUUUUUAACCAGCCAUUUGAUGAAGACAAUUGUUUGAGAGAUAACAGGUUCUGUGGUGUUUUGAAUUCUUUUGUCAAGCGAACUGCUAAUGGGAAGCUUGUGAGUUCAUUGCCACCGAAACCUAUAAACACUAUUGCUACAGCUGCACAGUUAAAACCCAGUAGUAUUCCAAAAGAACAAUCUGCCAAGGGUCAACAGCAAGGUCUAGCUGGAUCAUCCAGUCCAAAGAAAGGAACAAAUAAUAAGGCUGAGAAGGAUAAUUCCUCGGUCUUGGAUAAAGCUGCCAAUCCUCCUGUUGUCAAAGAACCAUCAAUUGCUCUGCAGGGAAACAAAAACAAGGCUCAGAAUGGGAAGGCGCUUCCCAGUAAUGGUGGGUCACUUGCUACAAUGUGGGGACGCACAUCAGCAAAACUCAAGACUCCAGCUACCACUAAUCCUACAGUUUUACCAAGUGUUGCCGUUACAGCUGAUGCACAAAUAUGUGCAAAGGAAGAAGCAGAUGCUGAUAGCAGUGAUGAUGAACAUGGUGUACACUACAAGCGGGGCUCUAGUGCAAAUAACAGAAAGAGAAGAGCAGUCUUUGAUCUUUCAGAUGAUGAUGAAGAUGACAAUGUUGUAGCCAUUGCAUCUCCUGAGGCACCAGAGCAGUGCAUUACAAAUCCUGUUACUGAAGCUGGUCAAGAAAGUAAACCAAAACAAGAAAACUUGGAGAACAAACAAGAGGUUGAGACGGACCUGAAAGGUUGCAUAGGAAGGACAGAUUCUCCUGAUUGUAAAACCAAAAGUAGCAACACCGUCAACCAUUCUGGGAUUACCUUAAAAGAAAAGAACAGUCCAACUAAUGACAAUAAGCAGGAUCAUGCUGCUGAGGCUGCUUCCAGGUCACCUAAAAGAAAAAAAGUUUUGAAGACACGGAUUGAUGAGCGAGGAAGAGAAGUAACUGAGGUUGUCUGGGAGGGUGAAGCUUCUGCAGGUGAUAAGACUGAGAAGAACGUGAGCAAUACUGGUGCCACAAACAGGACAACUCUCUCAAGUAAGCCACAGCCAGUAGCAAACACUGGAAAAGGCAAUGCUUCAAGUAAAACAGCAGCUAACAAGAAACCUGCCAAGGCUGGCACCAAGCAAGGCAACAUUAUGUCAUUCUUCAAGAAGGUAUAAAGCCUUCUCGGAUUUCUGACGGAGUUAUUCAGUGUCUGUAAGACUGCGAGGAGCGUGCUAUUACACUGGCUUCAGCUACCGCGCCAUGCCCCCAGACAACUGAAUUGGCUUCACCUGAAUAUCAAGUUGAACAAGGACUUCACCAACAAGGCAUAGGCAUGCAAACUGAGUAUUUUAUCGUAGUAGCCUGUAAUAUUGAUUCAAGUAAAACAAACAUCAUGUUUCAGAACUCCAGAGACCUUGUACAUAUCCUGUAUGUAUGCCUCAACUGGUACAACAUUUUCUCACGGCGUCAUCAGGAAAAACUCCCCAAAACUACGCCAUCUGGACCUUGGUUCGCGAAAA